AGCUGCAUGUCCUCAGGUCGCAGCUGUCCUUGGCCACCACUUGAGUUCACUCAUCCUCUGCUGCCCAGUGACAUGGAGGCCCCUGUGGCUGCCCUCAUUACCCUGAUCCUCACUGAGACCCUCUUCUCGCAGUCCUGCUGUGCCUUACGGGGUGCAGACACCCCGACUGCCUGCUGCUUCUUCUUUAUCUCCCGGAAGAUCCCGCGCAAAUUUGUGGUGGACUAUUAUGAGACGAGCAGCCAGUGCCCCAAGGCAGCGGUCAUCUUCCAAACCAAGAGAGGCCGGGAGGUCUGUGCUGACCUCAGAGACACCUGGGUCCAUGAAUACAUCGCCGACCUGGAGCUGAACUCCUGAGCGCCCUGGAGGCUAUGAGGAGGUCUCACAUCUGUGGGCAAACACCUGAGGCUAGGGUGUGACCCUGCAGUUCUGGAGGCCACCUCUUCUGUGGGUCUCACCCCAAUCCCAGCAACACUCUGAGACCCUCUUAACAAUCACUUUAUUUAUCUUGUUAGAUUUUGUAGUGUUUUCAUUUCCUCUGACUUCUCACAGUAGCCUUACUGAUGUCUUUCCCCCUUGUUCUGCAGUGGUUCUCCCAAUUCAUAUGUAAAUCAGUGACUGUGAUCAGCCAUCUCCAGAAACACUGUAGUAUGUUUCACACAGCAAAUGCUUAUUGAAUGGUUUUGCUCAGCAUUGCUUCUGAAAUAUGAAAGACUACUUACAUGAAAGGUCAACCAGCAUUGUCCUUGCAUUGAGUCUGUUGAUUUUUGUUUUCCAAACUAAGACUUUGCAGUUGAUAAGAAUACUGGAAGAAGGGUAGAGGCAAAUGAAAAGAGGCAGGAGCCACAAGAACAGGGCAGAGCACCACUGCAGCCAUACCAGGUGUUUCCCUGGGGACACUUUCCGGAACUGUGGAAACUGACACCCAUCGUUUUACAACUGGAUCAUAGCACACAUAGUCUAGAAAAAAUUUCUGCUUAAAUAAGAUGAUGCAGAUUUCUCUACAUAGACUGCUUUUCGUAAAGCUUUCCUAAAGUGAUGGCUAACAUUUGUUGAGGGCAUUAUCAACUGCUGGGAUCUGUGUUAAGUAGUUGCUUAUUUUAGCAAGAGUCUGGCAAACCCUGCCAGUGACCCAACCAAGAAGACAUCCAGUCUUGCAGUCAGCUGAUAUCCUUAGUCAGGUUCUCUGCCAUUCGCAGUUCUGCUUUUGAGGGAAUAUUAUUCACUUCCACUUCUGGGUGAGUCUCAGAGGCCCCAGUGACCAGAGUUAGCAAACAAAAACAGAGAAUAAAAGGCAGAUGUGGUGAUGUAUGUCUGUAAUGCCAGCAAUUCAGGAGACAGAGGCAGGAGGACCACAAGUUUGAGGCUAGUCUGGACAAUUUAGCAAGUAUGUGUCUCAAAGGCUAGGGAUGUAGCUUAGUGGUAGAGUGCUUUCCCACCAUGUGCAAGGCCAUGAGCUCAAUCUCUAGCAUUGCCAAAUAAUAAUUACUAAAAGAGUUUGUCCUAUUUAAUAUUUGACAUAUAUUACAAAAUUGUGACUAAUCUGAAAUUUGAAUCUAACUGGGUGUCCUGUAUUGCAUCUGGCAGUUUUCAGAGUGAAUACUUCUUAUGGAGGUGUCUUUUUUCCUGUGUAAAAUGGUACCUAGGAUUAGCUUAAGUGUGUAACAGUUUUUCUCAACCUUGAAUUCACAGUACUCCAGUGCCAAGGCCUCAUCUCUAAAGUCACAGAUUUAAUUAGAGUUAGGCAAGACCUCACAUCAGUAAUUUAAAAACUCCCUAGAUGAUGGUAAUGCAAACCAGGUUCAAGCCACUGGUGUGCAACCUAGGCCGUUUUUACACAGCCUUGGACUCCUCAUUUUUGAAGGCUUCAGAGCUGGUUGUUUUUGGUUCCUUAAAAUUGUUAAUUAGAAACAGAAGAUCUGUCAGACACAACAUCAUAUCUGGGAUGGUCGGGACCCUGUCCUCCCCCAGCACAGAGCUGGGAGUCCCUGUUCUUUCUACCCUGCACACUUCCCACUUUAUUGACGUCUAUCCCUACAUCGCCCUCUGCUGGUGGAACAAUGCUGCAGCCAUGGAGGCCACUGCAGUUGGCUUCCUGCUUCUGAUGCAUCCCCGCUGCCCCUUUACAGAGAACAUGAGUCUUCACUGUUGCGGUCUGUUUCAUGUUUCACCUUCAUUGGGCUGAGCAUUGCCUAGGUAGCCGUUAAAGAAUUAUCUCUGGGUGGGUCUGUGAGGUCUUUCCAGAAGAGAUCAACAUUUAAAUCAGAAGACACCAGUGAAGUUCUGUCCCUAGUGUCAUCCAGUUGAUUUAGGACCCAGGGAGAGCAAAGAGAAGAAGGAAGGGCAAAUCCAUGUUCUUGCUUUGAGCUGUGGCGUACAUCGUCUUUUGUCACUGGACACUGGCUUUGCUGGUCCUUGGGCCUUCCGAGAUUUGCACCGUCAUCUCCUGCUUCCCCUUCUAAGUGUUAUGAACUUGAACUGGGACUUCACUCUCAGCUCUGGUUCUCAGGCCUUUGGACUCAGAUUUUGGACUGAAUUAUACCACCAACUGUUCCUUGAUGCAGGCUUCCAUAAUUGUGUCAGCCAGUCUCUUUGUAUUCUGUAUGCAUCAGUACAUAUCUACAUACCUAUGUCAAAGGUAUUUAGAGAGAAGAGAGACUUGUUUUGUUUUUCUGUAGAACCCUGAGUAAUAUAUUCACUUACCACCAAGAUGAGUAUUAAAUAGAAAUCGGAGGAGAUGAAACUGAUUGUAGACUCAGCUUCUGUGUCCUGCCUUAUCUUUCCCCUGUGCAUUUCUGCAUGAACUUAUUUUGUGGGAAACUCUGCUUUUCUAGGCCAGUAAGCUUCAGAUUCUCAGUCAGCUUCAUUUGUAGGCAAGAAGCAGAAAGGAUGUUUCUUAAGAAAACUGUUAUCUUUCUUUCUCUGCUAUUAGGCAAAUCAAUUUAAAAGUAAGCCUUUUUUUUUAGUUGGUUGGCCUUACUAGAGCUGGGAAUUUAAGCUCAGUGGCUCAAACACUUACCUCCUAAAAAAGGUAGUAAGUUUGAUCCCCAGGACCAAAAAAAAAAAAUUAUAGUUGGCCUUACUGACUGAUGCAAGAAGCAAAGGACCUCUAAUAUUCUGAAUUUUUUCUUUUUGGUGAAACCUUGGAAGGAAGACAGCCUUAAAAUAUAUAGCAGGCCAUAGGGAUUACCAACUGUUUUGCUGUUUCGAGGUGUCUUCAGGAUCCUGCCCUCAGCCACUUGUACUUUUUGAGGUCUGUUACCUCCAACACUGUGGUCUGUGUUAGCCAAGGAUGUUUUAUGUCAAAGUCAGAAAAACUGACUCAGUCGGGAGCCAAGGAUGUUUUAUGUCAAAGUCAGAAAAACUGACUCAGUCGGGCAUAAAUGAUAGAACUUGAGCUCACACAGCCACAGCUUCAAGCAGUAUAGUCAGCUUCAGGUGAAAUUACCCCUUGGGCCUUACAAGGUCCUUUCAGAGCUUUCAAUCAUUCUGACAGCCCAGUGCAGCACAUGUGCUGUGGGUGUACCACCACUGGCAUAGAAUUCCUGGUCUUCCCAUUGGAAAGCUGAAUGAUAAGACUGACUGCUUUUCUUAGAGCAUUGUUUCCUUGUGUCUUGAAUCAAGCUCCUGGGCCCAGUGUUACUGGUCUAGCUUAGGUUAGGAGCUUAUCUCUUAAUCCAGGAGUCAGCAGGGCAGACUGUAUUUGGCUCAUCACCUGUGUUUAUGUGGCCUGCAAGGUAAGAAGAUUUUACAUUUUGUAAAUAAUUGAAAACAAUCAAGAAUAUUUUGAGAUAUAGGAAUACUGCAUAAAAUUCAAAGUUUAGUGUUGAUAAAAAUAUUUCAUUGGACCACAGGCAGAAUCGUGUGUUUAUAUAUUAUCUAUGGAUAUUUUCACACCAUAAUAGUAGAGUUGUGUUUUUGUGACAGGGGUAUAUGACCCAAAAAUCCUAUACUAGUAACUAUUGGCCCUUUAUGGAUUUUGCCAACCUCUUAUCUUAACCAACCCAUGUAACUGGGGAAAUGGAUUCAUUGAUUUAUUUGAGCUGUUCAGUAUCUGUAGUAGGCAGUGGUAAUAAACUCACAGAGACACAAACCACAAAAGGGUAUGGUUUUCCAAAAGAUCACCUAAGAACAAAGGGGAAAAACAAAAAGAACCGAGGAUCAGACAAAUAUCUACCAAGAGUGUUCAAGUUUCUUAUAUUUUGUCUAUGUGAAAUCUACUGAUCAUUUUGUGAUUUAUAUCUCACCAUUAUGGUUUCCUCCCCAAACUGAAGGUUUAGUCUAGAUGAUCUUCUCAUGUGGCAGUCAGUGUCUUAGAGAUUUCCUGACUUUAUUCAGUUUUUUUUUUUUUUUUUUUUUUUAAGACAGGAUCUUGCUAUGUAAUUGAGGCUGGCCUUGAACUCACCAUGAAGCCCAGGCAUUUGCUGAACUCAUGGCGUCCUCUUGCCUCAGCUGCUGGGAUUACAGACAUGUACCACCAUGCCUGACUCUUUUCUAUUUUUAUAACAAUAAUAAGCCCAUUCUAUUCCAUGCCGCCCUGGAAAACGUUUUUGUUUGUGGAAGGAUUUAGAGAGGGAUAUACCCUGUUGCUCUGUACAUGAUGUCUAGUUCCUGAGUCAAAGGCUGAAUUGUCAUGAAUGACUUUGCCUGCUGAACUCACCCACUAACAGCUAGGACCAUUGAGUCUUCCCAGGAUGGAGCAGACAGGUAAAGGACACAGUGGGCAGCCCAGUGGGUUCAUUACUUCAAUUCCACUUGAAACUCAAAUGACGGGGGUCUUAAGAGAGUAAUCUAUAAAAAUGAGUAUUCUGCAAGCAGGGUAACUCGUUUUCCUUUUAGAUGUCUGCUUGCAGAGCAAACUCAUUGAUUCACCUAAGCCGAGCUAAUCAGUGGGGCAGAAAACAGGAGACAGGAGGCAAGGCAGAGGAAGGGAGUGUUGGAGUUCACUUCCACCACCCGGAGUGAUGUUAGCCAGUUGAUUCAGCACAGCUGGGCUUGGCCCUUCUUUCAAGUGUCACUUCAAACCUGCUGGGGGAACAAUGUAUUCCAAAUCUGGCAAAGACUCAGUUUAUACUGAAUGGAGCAUAAUUGUUAAUAUUGUAUCCUUUAACUUUCAAAAUACCCAUCCUGCACUCUAAGAGGCUAAGGCAGGAAGAAUGCAAGUUUUGGCUGGGCAACUGACUUAGCAAGAUCCUAACCCAAACUUUAAAAAACACUAAAAAUUUAAGUCCUGCUUAUCCUACCAAUAGGAAGUACACAGAGCUGUGAGAUGAUCUCAGGGUUGCUGACCACAAAGAUCUCUGGAUAGGUGGGUAAGACAGGAGUGAGGUUACCUCCCUUAUGUGUAAAUCUCAACAUAGGGCUGAAAGCACUCCAAGAGAAUGCCUUUAAAACAGUGCUCAAGGAUCUCCCAAGUAGCAGAGGCCCUGGUUUGAGCUGUGGGAGAGGUGAAAAAUGUUGGAGAAGAGCAGGGUCUCACUUGAAUACAGUAAUUCUACCUUAAAAUGCAGAUAUUUUCCCUGUCACUCCACAUCCAGGGAACCGUUCAUCUGAGUUUGUAUGGGUAGUGGUAUCAUACCUGUUGACUCUGCACCUUCUUAGUAAAGAAUCUAAACUUGGUGUCAUGAUAGGCAUAGAUUUUAUUGUCUAGUUCCAUUUAAAUUCCUAAAGACAUACCCAGACAGCUCCUGUAGCACUCUCUCUGCUCCUGUGAUGUUUUUCUAAGUGCAUUUCUUUUAUGGUCUCCCUGUCAACCUUUGUGUUGACCUUUGUGUCAGAAAAUAUCCCUUACCUACUUCUCUAACAAGCAAACAUUUACUCAUGUUUUAAUACUCAGCUCAAAUUUCAGUUCCACUAGAAAUCUUGUUUUCCCAUAGGGAGUAAGUUAUUUCGUUUAUUACUUUUCUAUUGCAGUCUUGGACAUAUUUCUAAUUGCUAAUGGUUGUUUUUUAUUUAUAGGUGUUUACUGUAUUACAGGAUCUUUGAUGGCAAAAAUAUAUUGUUUUUAAGAACAGAGUCCAGUAUUUUCCAGAUACCCAUGUAUAGCAAUAAUAGAAUAAAUGAUGCAUGGGAGAAAAAGAAGAUAAAAGGAGAAAGAAAAUAAGAAACAUAAAGCAUCCUACAAGGGGGAAGCAAGAUCUGAGCAUAGGAGACGAUUUUUAUAGAUGUAAAAUCUGUCCAGUUCUAAUCACAGAUGACUGCUAAGGCAUGGUUCAUGAAAUAUUUAUCU